AUGGCCGCCGGCAAAGAGAGAGCUAAAGUAGACGCACCACCUUCUGGAGAGAAAAAAAAUUACCGCUUUAAAUCAGAUGUGCCUUCCCCACCUUCUCAUACUGCUGUUGGAGGGCCAGCUUCACAGCUUCCCAAACGCAAACCACUCUCUGAGGAAGAGAUUGAGGCUAUCAUGGUACGUUCUUUGUUUUUACAGAUGCUGAAAUACAACGCAAAUGUUUAA